GGAGUGUGUGUAGAGAAGUUGAACUUUAAUAGCGCAAGUCUGCAUAGACUGUAGCGCUUUAAGUGGUUUUUUUUAAUAUCCCUAUGUAUCCAUAACAUAUGUCUUUUUGGAGUGGAACUUGUUUUUAAGUUUUUUCAACUCUUAUCUCAACGGAUUUCCUUUAUAUUUCAAAGAAUGGAGUUGUUUCGUCUUGCAUUGUUCUGCGGCGGACAGUAAUGUGGAGUACAUAAAGCCUUAAUAUAUUCAGACGCACUCGUCUCUUCUUUAUCAAAAUGGAUAUUACAGUAUCGGAACUGAUGUCUAACUUCAUGGAUUCGCCGCUUGUGGUUUGGGUCAAGACAUUUGGACCACUUGGGUCUGGUUCAGAAGACAAGCUCUCUAUGUUCAUGGACUUAGUGGAUGGUGUCUUCCUCCAUAAGAUCAUGACACACAUAGACCCAAGCCCCAUGAAUCAGCGAGUGAACAAACAUGUGAACAACGAUGUCAACCUGAGAAUACAGAACCUUAACACUGUCAUUCGACAGAUCAAAAACUACUAUCAGGAGCAUCUUCAGCAGCUCAUCCUCAUGAAUCUGCCCAAUGUGCUGGCCAUUGCCAAGGAUCCACUAUCAGACAAAAGCAUGGAGGAAGUGAAGAGGCUGCUGCUGCUGAUACUGGGCUGUGCUGUUCAGUGUGAACGUAAAGAAGAAAUCAUUGAGAAAAUCAAACUGCUGGACAUUGAGACACAGUCUGCCAUUGUGACCCAUAUUCAAGAAGUCACCCACAACCAGGAGAAUGUUCUUGACUUGCAGUGGCUGGAAGUGGGGGAGAUGCCUGCCGAGCAGUUGGACCCUCUGUCUCGCACUAUGGCCUUUCACCUGCGCAAACUCAUAGACGAGCGAGAUGACUCUUCUGAGUUGAUCUUGGAGCUGACCCAGGAGAGAGACUACCUCCAAUCCCAGCAGCCUUCCAGUCUCUUGGGCUUCCCCAGCCCUGAGCACACAUCCCUGUCACCCAUCACCCUGCUGUCCAAAGAAGAUCGGCAGCAUUUAGCAGUGGAGCUGGCCGACACAAAAGCCAAACUGCGCCGCUCCCGCCAAGAGCUAGAGGAGAAGACUGAACAGUUAAUUGAUGCCAAGAAUGAGAUUGAGCGGCUGGACACAGAGAUUCAGAAGCUCAAGCAGGAGAAUAUGCAGUUGUUGGCAGAGGCGCGCUCUGUGCGGGCGUACCGUGAUGAGGUGGACUCUCUGAGGGAGCGUGCUGGGAAAGUUGAUCGGCUAGAAACAGAACUAACUCGCUGCAAAGAACGGCUCAAUGAUGUCCACUUCUACAAGACCCGCAUAGAGGAAAUGAGAGAGGACAAUAUUACCCUGCUGGAGACAAAGUCCAUGUUGGAGGAGCAGCUUACUGCAGCCAGAGGGCGCUGUGACAAGCUACAUGAGCUGGAGAAAGAGAACCUCCAACUCCGCUCCAAAUUGCAUGAUAUGGAAAUUGACAGGGACAGUAAUAAGAAGCGUCUGGAGGAGUUGCUGGAGGAGAACAUGUUGCUGGAGAUCUCUCAGAAACAGAGCAUGAAUGAGUCUGCUCACCUGGGCUGGGAGCUGGAACAACUGGCCAAAAAUAAUGAGGUCAAUGAUGCCCGCAAGUCUUUUGUGUUUGAGCUGAACGAGUCAGCAUCCAGUCGCCUGUUAAAGCUGGAGAAGGAGAAUCAGUGUCUUCAGAGCACCAUCCAGGAGCUGAGAGAGGCCUCCAUUAACAUGGAGGAGGGUCAGCUACAUGCAGUGAAGCUGGAGAGAGAAAACCAGAGCCUCAGCAAGAUGUUGGAGCGUCUGCAGUCCCAGCUGGACCAGGAGAAACAGACAACUCAGGACAUGGAGAGCCUUGGAGAAGAGCUGCUAAAGGACAAACAGAGGCUGGAGAAAUCUCUGGAGACACUGCAGGCAGAUAAAGACAGACAGAUCUCAGAGCUGGAGCAGGAGAAGGAGCACCUGACCCAGGCGGUGACCUCCCUUCGGAAACGCGCUCAGGUGAACAGCGAGGCUCGUGUGAGGGAGGUGGAGACAGAGAACCGCAUUCUCCACCAAACCAUUUCCGAAACAGGUGGUAAACUGGCUCGCUUGGAGGCCGAGAAACGACAGGCCACUAAGGAGCUAGAGUCUCUCCGGGAAAGAGGAGAACACUGUGAGGAAUUGGAGAGGGAGGUAACGCACCUGGAACGAGUCCGCGAGCAGCUGCAGCGAGAAGCCGCUUUCCUGAAGAUCAGCAGCGAGCGCUCCGAGGCCCUGGAGCGCGAGAACGCAACUUUAGAGCAAGACAAUCGCCGGAUGAAGAGGUUCGCCGACACAGCCCAGAAUGCCAGCUUGCGGUUGGCUGUUUUGGAGAAGGACCACCAGCAACUUGAGGAGGAGAACCUGGAGCAGCAGCGUAUGCUGGAGACCCUGCGACCAGCCACUGCUCGCCUGGCUCAGCUGCAGCAGGAACAUGCUGAGCUAGAGCGGGAACAUGAGGAGAUGAUCCACACCCUGGAGGAGCUCCGUUCCCAGGCCAAGAGGAGCAAAAGACUGGAGAUCAACUGUAGCAGCCUGAGCCAGGAAAACCAACGGCUCCAGCAGACCCUGGACAACAGUGCCACCAAAAUCCAGGGGCUAGAAGGUGACCUGAGGCAGAACGAGGCCAAGACAAAGGAUCUGCAACAGGAGCUGGAAGAGCUGAGGCAGGCUGUGAUACGGGCACAGGUUGUGGAGAAAGAAAAGAGAGGAAUCGAGCAGGAACUUGGCCAGGCGGAGAAGGAGAGGAAGCAGUUGGAGAAGGAGUCACGUAGGUUGAGGCAGCAGUUGGAGGUGAAGGAGGCAGCACUUGAGGAGAGCUGCCUCAGACUAGCCAGCAUGGAAAAAGAGGGCACGGCUCUCAGUAAAGAGCUGAGCCGACUCAAAGAGGCCACAGGGAGACUCAAAGAGCUGGAGAGAGAGAAUAAAGACUUACAAAAACAGGCCACCAUGGAUAAGAAGACUCUGGCUACGCUGAGAGAGGAUCUGGUGAAUGAGAAGUUGAGUGUGCAGCAGCAGUGUAAUGAACUGGAGAAGCUGAGCCAUGAGCUGGAUAAGAUUGGCUUGAAUCGAGAGAAACUCCUACAGGAAGAGUAUAGCUGUGAGGACAAUAAAUAUAAGAUCCUGGAGACAAAGAUUGAGUCGGCACUAAAGAAGACUCUGGAGUUGAGAGAGGAGAAGAUUCAGAGUCUGGAGUCACGCCUCGAGGAGAGCAGCAGCUUAAAUCAGCAACUUCGCACUGAACUCACCACUGUGAAGAAGAACCUGGAGGCCCUCAAGCAAAGACAAGAGGAAGAGGCGGCCCACUCUGAGCUCUCCCAGCAAACUUUGGGACAGGCCAGACCAGGUCCAGACAAAGAGAAGAGGGAGACGGAGCAGAGGGAGGCCACAGCCGAGCUACUCAAGAUGAAAGACAGACUUCUCGAUGUCGAGAAGAAUAAUGCUGCCCUGCAGACAGAGAAGCAACUUCUGAAGGAGCAGCUGAAGCAGCUGGACUCCCAGAAUGCACAGCUCAACGGUCAAACACUAGCACUGCAGAAACAAGCAGCAUCCUUACAAGAGCACAACACCUCACUUCAUAAAGAAACUGCUAAACUACAGGUGGAAAAUUCUACACUAAGCUCCCAUAGUUCAUCUCUCACGGCUCAGUAUGGAGCUUUACAGGCCCAGCUGCAAACACUGGAAUCAGAGGCCGAGUCUCUCCAGAAACAGUGCGAGGAGGCGUGUGCGGCCCGUGACCGCGUCACACAGGACCACGAGCGCCUGCUCAGCGUGCACGAAAGACAGGCAUCCGAGUACGAGCGGCUUAUUGCCCAGCACAAGUCACUGAAGGGCAGCCAGAGAGCUCUGGAGCAGGAGCACCAUGCACUGGAGAGCAAGUAUACGGUUCUCCUGAAGCAGAAAGAGGCUAUGGAGGCACUGGAGGAAUCUCUUCACAGAGAGAGGGAGAGUCUGAGAGAAGAAAUUCACAAAAACACUCUUAUCCUGGGGGAGAACCACAGUUUGAGGGAAGAGAUAGACAGACUGUCGCAGACGCACACACAUUUGAGGCAGGAGUAUGACAGCCUUCAGUUGCAGACAAAAGAACUGAAGACAUCCCUGAACGAAUCUCAACUGGAACUGAACCGCUGGCAGGCGCGAUAUGACCAGCUGAAAGAGAAGCAUCAGGGCCUGGACAUCUCUAUGACCAAACUAGACAACCACUGUGAGCUGCUGACUCGUCUGAAAGGUAACUUGGAGGAGGAAAACCAUCAUCUUCUCAGUCAGAUCCAGAUGCUCAGCCAGCAAAACCAGACCCUGCUGGAGAGAACCAUGGAGAGCAAAGAACUCUAUCAUGAAGAACAGAAACAGUACAUUGAUAAGCUGAAUUCAUUAAGACGACAAAAGGAGAAAUUGGAGGAGAAGAUCAUGGACCAGUACAAGUUUUAUGACCCGACUCCUAAAAAGAGCCGGCAGUGGGUAGGAGCUAAAACAAUAGCAAAACUGAUCAAGCCCAAGAAAGAAAAUUCUCGGGAGCGGGUGGACGGUCCACGUGAGAGGAUCCGGAAUGCUCCUGACAUCCCCCUUCCAGAAAUCCCUACAGCCAUUGACUGUCCUGAGAGUGCCCCACCCACCCCUCCUCCACCACUUCCCCCCAGACAGACACGCCUCAGUCUGGACUCCAUGGACAAUCACUCCACAGAGGAGAACCACAUACUGUCUCCCACACUCUCACCUGCCCUCAACAGCCGAGCCCCUCCAGCAGCGAAGCGGUUUCGCUUUUUCCGGAGCAAAAGUCAGGAGAAAAUACGCGUACAGGGGACGCCACCUUCUCGACGAUCCAUUACCAGACACCUACGCUUCUGGUCCUCCUCUGACAACCUUGUCCCCUGCCCUCCCUUGUUCAGUGACAGUGGAGGGUCCAGAGGCAGAGAGGCUUAUCGCUCAGUAGCGGGCAGUAGUGAGAGCAUGAACGGGCAUGAGGAGCUGGUCCGGUGGAGGGGCCGACAGACAGGAGCCACCUGUUCAACUCCACUGAGCCGCAACUCUCACAAUGCAUCAAGCUGCUUCUCCUCUUCCAGCUUGCGGCUGGGGCACAGAAUAAAGGGUUUAGUCUCCGAGGAGGACUUGCGCCAUCAUUCCCUAGAUGCUGGCUUUUGCAGUGGUGUCCAUAGAAACACAGGCCACCGGCCCAGCUCUGCUGAAUUCAGCCGCAACACUUCCAGCAGCAAUUCCCCCGUCAGUUCUAAGGGUUCUCUGGACUGCCUGCAGGGCCGAUCUGCCAGUCUAUCAAGUGAUGAUGUCAUUGGACUAGGUCACGAAGGGUCACGUCUCAGUCAGAUAUCUCUGAUUCCUCGUAGCUCCACCCUGCCCUGUGACACCCCAUCUGCCCAACGCCUUUCCCAGCAUCCCUCUUCUCUGCGGCCGUCCUCCCCUGACAGCGAGAUGGUUACCCUGGAGGAGUUCCUGCAGGAGAGCAAUGCCUUGUCCCCACCCACUGUCCAGACAGGAAUUCGAGAGGAUCUCUUGACUGACUACUUCACCAGAUCUGCCCGACCUGCACCUCUGCGAGAUGGUGCUAAAACCCCCACCAAUUAUGUCAUGCCGACCAUCAAGACUACUCUGCCUGAACUGGAAGGUCGGGCCCCCAAACCUGGACACAGCGUCAAACCAAGUGUUCGGCACACAGAGACCUCCAUGCCCCCCUCUCAGUCACAAACGCUUCCGAACAGAGGAGCCGGCUCACGGCCCUCACCUCUGCAGCAGUCUAGCCCUCAUGGAGGGGUGGGAGGCAGCACCAGCCUAAGUCGCACUUUCAGCCUGGCCUCUGCAGACCUCCUCCACUCCAACGGACCGAAUAGCUACCGUGCAGAGGCUAGUUCUCCCAAUCAGAGCGAUGUGGUUAGGAGGUCUGGUGCGGUCACCAGGGAAAGACCUUUGUCUGCUAGGCUGCCUGGAUCUUCACCUCUUCCUGCAGACCCAGGGCACCUGUCAGUGGACCCCCGCCGCCUAUCUCUUGCUCCCCCUAGAGAUGAGUUGUCCCUGACCAGUACUCCCCCCCUGCACUCUUCUUCCAUGUCCUUGCAAGCUGAACAGGAUUACGUAGGGAGUAGUAGUAGAGCCAGUGCAGUUUGCUCUGGGGCUGCUCAAACCCGGCCACCCCCUCAUCAUGGUGAGGUGGCCAUGGUUACUCCAGUACGAGCCAUAUCUGCAUUGAGACUGAAUGAUUUGGAGGAAGAACCUCGAGAGCCAAGGCAGACCGAGUCGCCUCUACUAAAGAAAGCUGACACUGCGAACUUGAGCUACAGCGUCAAGGGUCAACCCACCAGCAAACCUGCUUCUCCAGACCCUAACAAUGACCCUCAGACUGUAUGGUAUGAGUAUGGCUGUGUGUAGAACCUGGUGAAGAAACACUUUUGACAUAUAAAACUGCACUGUUAACAGCCCCAGGCAGCUUCCUUAAAGUCAGGAAACUGUUUAUUCAAUUUCUUUCUCUAUUUUUUUGACACCUUGAUAGCACCAGGUGCAUUUGCGGGACUUGCACGCGUACACCUUUAUCUGAAAAGGAAUGUAUGGGGCACUCGAAUGUAUUCACUUUUUUUCCCUUCCGACUCAACUGAACACCAUUGAUUUCCGCAGCUCCAUGGCAGGCCAGUCCACAUUCUAUUUGAAUGUGAAAAACAAAUGUUUGGCUGUGUGCUAGGAGCCACUCCCAGCAUAAUUCAAUAGCUCAAUAACUGAGUAGUGACUGCAUCCAUAUUUAGGAGGUGCAGGACAGUUGUAGGUCCAUCACAGAGAAACAGUCUCGAUGGUACCCAUUACUGGAAACGGGCUCUCUCACUCUUUCCCUACUGAAAAACCAAACGUUCUGCUCAUUUCUGCUUCUGUGGGUGACUAUGUAUUUACUAAGGGACUGGGUUUGGCUCAGGCUUCGGUCAGAAGCAUGCAAAAGGAUAACAGAUCCAAAAAGGAGAAACAGACAGGAGGAGACUGAUGGGAAAAAAGCACAAAGUAAACAUUCCACCUACCUUCUGAUAUUUGGUUUGAUAUAACAGGGAAGAACCCUGCUGCAAAAAAUUCUAAACCAGCUAUAAUUGGUUAAGGCUGGUCUUAGCUGGUCUCCCAGCCUGGCCAAGCUUGUGCUCAGCUGAUUUAACUCGUUGGCCAGCUGGUCUCCUAUCCUGACCAGCUGGAAAUUGCCCAAACCCUUUUAAAACCAGUCAGGGAACCUGACCAGGCUGGGAGACCAGCAAACCAAUUUAGGGUGGUUUAAUCUUUUUUCUUUUUUCUUUUUUUUUUUUUUUUUUGCUGGGAAUCUCUUGGAAUCACUGGACACAUUGCCCAGUUGUACACAAGAAUUUAGGGUUGUACUAAUGAGAAGACCAAUAAGGCUCUUUGCUGCAUUUUGGUGUUUUUUUUUAACCACACUUUUAUAACACUGCACAACUGUUAAUGACCAGAAGUUCUUAUUUAUUUAUUAAUGUCUUUGGGACAAUUAAAUGACACUUGUAUGUGUGGUUGUUUUAUGUGUGUGCAUCUGUAUGCAGGGGUGUAAAUUCCAGGGGGGAUGGGGGAGGCAGCACCCUCAAUAAUCAAAACAAGCAAGUUCAACCCCCACAUUAUUUAUACCAUGAUCAACGGAAACAUGAGUAAAUGCUUCACGCUGCAACCUUUGUUCAAGCCAAAUCUAAGCCCUUGUCUGUAUGCCUCAUUUCCCAAAAUGUAUUUUGUUUAGAAUGGCUGAUAGUGUCUACAGUGUGUAUUAAAUCAAGUCUAAUUACGUGGUACACUGGAAGAAUGGAGCACUCUGAUUCUAUGUUUUAUGUCCAUGUGAAGAGACUUGUCCUUUAAGUUUGGUGAUAGCGCCCAUGGUUUCUCAGUGUUCCUACCAGAUGAUGUUGUGCAUUCACCCUCAGUUGUUUUUCUAUUAGCCAUCUCAUGUCACCAUCUACUUUUCAUUCUGAAGUCAGAGGUGAGAACUGAAUACCAAUGGAGAUCAAGCAUUCACACUGUGUUAAAAUGAGUGUUUUCUGUUUAUGUGCACAGCUACUGGUAAAAUAAUUUUAGAUACAAUUUUUUUUUUCAUACACUACUGCACCUGUAAGAUACUGUGUGUUUGACUAGAUGCCCUUUUACAACUUUUUACACAUAAUAAUGUAAAGUUUAUUGUGAAUGAUAGAAGUCUGUUUAGAAAAAGCUGUUGUCCAAAAACUCUUUAUAAUAAAGA